CUCAGCCUUCAGCACUCCCACAGCUGGGUGAAUGGGAUCAGGAGUCCACCAAGGCUGCUCCGUCCUGGGGCUCAGCACAGUGAGCAGCAGGCAGCAGAGAGAGGAUCUCAGGGACCCUCCAGGACAACAUGUUCUCUUCGGGCAGCGCGUACAGCCUGUUGGGUGAGAAAUAUUGAUGGAUGCCAGCGAGGCAUUGGGCACUGGAAAGUGAAUUGAAGGAAAAACCCGAAGUCAUUCCAUUGCCAGAGGAACGUCGGCAGGACCACAUGGCAUAUGAAUGUUUCACCUCACCACAGGGCUACUUCAUGGGAUCCUCAGUCAAUAGGGGGUGGUGUGAGCCAUGGCUGCGGCAGCAGCAGAGGAAGCUCUGCCCCGGGGAAAUGCAUUGAAGAGGGGUGGGGAUGCUUCCUCCACCAGCGUUGUUGCUGCCACAGCCACCUUCAAGUGGUCAUCGCAGAACACCUCACUGGUCACAUGCUGGGAGGGCUCAGCACACUGCACGCUGCACCACAACCAGACUGGAGGAACAUUCGACCUCUCGAAGGACAACGAGCGAGCAGGUGCCCUGCAGACAGUUCUGCUCUACAGUAUCAUCUGCUCCAUCUCAUUUUCACUGCUGGUAAAUCACUGAGGCCCAUGAAGUACUAUCUGAAUUAAUCACCAAUUCAGUCAGUCUAGCUUCUAAAAAUUAUAAUCUGCUUUUCCAGGAACUGUGCCUCUUAAUAUCUCCAAAUGAACGAGAGCAGCUGCAAUAUCACAGCUGACGAAAACUUUCCGCUUGUCCAGCUGUGUGUUUACAUCCCAGUAUUGCUGCUGGGCGUUUUGCUGAACGUAUUGGCGCUAUGGGUGUUCUGCUGCAAGCUCGGCAAGUGGACAGAAACCAGAGUAUACAUGGUCAACCUGGCUGUGGCUGACUGCUUACUGCUCUUUACUUUGCCUUUUAAAACAUUAUCCCAGUUCCAACAGAUGAAGGCAGACAGGUGGUGCCUGAUUCUGGAAGGUGGCUAUUUCAUAAACCGCUUAAUGAGCAUCGGUAUCAUCACUGUUGUAGCAGCUGACCGGUACGUGGCUAUCAAGUAUCCCUUGAAAGCCAAAGCACUGCGGUCACCACUGCAGGCAGCUUUUACAUCUGGAUUUCUCUGGAUAGUCAUCAUCUGCGUGAUUUCCCUCAUUAAAACGGUGGAAAACCGAGAGCAUGAUGAAUUUUGCUUUGAGAAAUCUUCUGUCAAGCCCUCCGUCAUCACACUGUGUGCCAUUAUCGGAGGGUUCUUCAUACCACUGAUCGUUGUGAUUUACUGCUCCACACAAGUCAUUGCAGUGCUCAUGAGAAAGAGAAAUGAAAACUGCCACGAGGAAAGGUUGAUCAGGAAGGCUGUCUACAUCGUGACAGCAAACAUGGCUGUGUUCAUCGUAUGCUUUUUGCCUGUUUACGCUGGGCAUCUCCUUCGCUUUCUAAUGGACUCCUUCAGCUCCAGUUGCCCUGCGAUACAGAAGGUCAACAACUUUGUUCACCUUGCCUCGGUCCUCGCCAACACAAACUGUUGCCUGGAUGCUAUUUGCUACUACUUUGUAAACAAGGAAUUUCAGGAAGCAUCUCCCAAACUCGUGAGGUCCAAAUCUGACUCAGGCGAAACAGCUGAAGUUCAGCUCCCAGUAAUAACACAUCAGUGCCAAAUGUAGAGGGCUCUCUUUUUGUGUGGGAGUGAUGGAGGGACUUUCUGCUGAUGGGAAAGAUUCAGAUAUGAAAAUCAGCCCUCAUUCAGACAACCACAGCAACCCAGAUGCUCAUGCAACAACCUAGAUCAUCACUGACAAUUCCCUGCCUUAUCCAAAUCUGAGUAAGAUAGAAUCAUAGAAUCAUUUUCCCAUAAACCCCAGCAAGUACAAUCAGGGGGAAAAGUUUUUACUGUCCAUCUCCCUACCCUGGGCCAGUUUUCACGUAGCUGUGACAGAUAAACAGGAAUUAUUUGAAAUAAAAAAAAAAAAAAUCUCAAAGCGAAACUGUUGCAGAAAAAGUAAGGUGGAUGGUUUUAUGUCACAAAUGUCUUUUCUUAGUAAUAAACACCCAGUCCCAGAAGCAGAUGCUUUAGUCAAGUUUACAGCAUUGUUUGGACUGUAUGACAGCGAUAAAAUGGUGAUCAGUAGAAAUAUGGGGUCAGAAGGAACUGCGAUUGUUUGUAUAGGGGAAAAAGCUUCACACUGAAUGCAUCUGAGUCAACUGCAUUAAAAAUACUAUCCAAAGAGCUGGGAUGGGUGGGAAUGACAACUCUGUACACGGAGUCAGUUCAACAUUAUAGUGUAAAUAAUUAUCUAAAGAAAGUAGCAACAAAUUCUUCCAAAGUAUCCAAUCUAAAUAAAUUUGUAUUACUGGCAACGAGCUCCUCCUCUUAAUGAGCUAAAUGGAAACAUCGGAGGAUCCGGUGGUGAUGGGACCCACUUUGCUCUCUGUCCCUGAUGGGGACAGCUCA